AAAAAAAGAAAAGAAAGAGAGAAGACUGAAUAGAAAAGACUAUGAUGAUAUAAAAUUUGAAAUACCUUAUACUAUAAUAUGUAUAAAAUGUAAUAAAUAUAUAUAUAAAGGAGAAAGGUUUAAGAGUGAAAGAAGAAAAAUAGGUUUUUAUAUUAACAGUACAUGUUAUUCAUUUUGUAUUUUUUGUAAAAGCUGUUUAAAUAAAAUAAUUUUUGAAACCAACCCACAGAACUGUUCAUAUGAUAUUAAAGAAGGAGCAAGACAAAAAAACGAAAAAUAUGAAAAUAUAUUAACUCAUAAAGGAAAGAAAAAUAUUAAUUCUAUAAAUUUUGAAGAAAAUAAAAAAAAAAAAAUAAAUCCUUUUUUAUUAUUAGAACAAAAUGUUAUACAACACAAAAAGAAAGCACUUUCAGAUUGUUCCAUCUUUGAAAAUUAUAACCAAUAUAAACAUAUAACAAAUAAUAAUAAGGAAGAACAUUUUUUUCAAGAAAAAAAAGAAAAUCAUCAAAAAUGUGAUCAAAAAUGUGAUCAAAAAUGUGAUCAUGACAAAAUACCUGUAGAAAAUGAAACCUAUCCUUUGUUACAACAUAACAACAAUAUAUUAACUCUUAAAAAAAAAAAUCCUGAACAAAGAGAUAAUAAUUCAAUAGAAAGCAAUGAUAAAUUUAAUAGUAUAUCCCCCCAAAAAAAUGAUGAUGAUUCAAAUGCUUCAUAUACUGAUGAAGAUAUGAAUGAAGUUAUAAAAAAUAAUUACAAAAGAAAUAAUAUCUUGAAACAUGAUUUUUCAUGCAAUAGUAAUUUAAGAAAACAAUUAAGAAAUAUCAAAAAAGAAGAUAUAAAAAAAAAAGAACAAUGUAAAAAGAAAAAUAUUUUUAUUGAUAUACUUAAUGAUCCAUUAGAAGACUUAAAAGUAAAACAUUUUGCUCUUAUAAAAGAUAAAUAUAAAAAAAAUAUAAUAGACAAAAACAAAACAUUGAAAAAUAACUUAAUAAAAAAAAAAAAAAAUAGCAUAUUUGAUAAACGCUACCUGAAAAAAAAAAAAUAA